AUGCUACAAGGCCAGCCCCAAGGUGCCCUGGUAGAAGGUGCAGGCCAAUUUGACGUCCCCAAGCAACCACUUUCAUCACAAGAGCAACGCUUCCAAUCCUCAGUGUUUCUCGGCGGGAUCGUCGUCCGCCACUUUCCUCUUUCCUCCUCUCUGCCUCCUCUCUGCCUCCCCUCAUUCGAAUCGUGCCUUUCCAUCUUGUCCCCGAUAGACCAUCGCCGCAAAACAUAUACCUUCGUCGACGGAGCCCGCCUAGGCUGUCCCACAUCGAACGGCUCGAAUCUCAGCCCACCACCCCUUCGAUAUCAGCUACCGAUUCCCACCACCUUCGCCAUGUCGUUCCUCUUCGGCCGGGCUCGGACAAGGCCUGCCGUUGACCUACCCAAACAAGCCAGAGACCACGUAACGAAACUCGAAGGGCCAAAUGGCGCCGCCAAGGCCGAAGAGCUCGCGAAAGUCCUGAACCAGAUGAAGUUUAUCUUACAGGGAACCCAUGAGUCCGAUAGCAGCCCAGAACAGAUAUACCAGCUGGUCACCGGCUUGAUUGAGGAAGACUUGUUGUACUUACUGGCGGUGAACCUUUGGCGUCUGCCCUUCGAAUCGAGGAAAGACACCCAGGUCAUCUUCUCCUACGUUUUCCGAUUCCGCCCGCCUACGGCAUCCCCGAAAAGCGAUCCUCUAGCUCUGUCUUAUGUCGUCAACAACCGUCCACAAGUCCUCCUCGAACUGUGCCGCGGCUACGAACAUAAAGAGAGUGCAACACCUGCCGGCUCUGUACUUCGAGAAGUUCUCAAGUCGGAGGCUGCUGCCGCCAUCAUUCUCUACGACGACAACGAGGAGUCUGGGUCCAGCAAUAAGGGCAUCAACUUGAUUGACAGGGACCGUCGACAGAGCGGCGAGGGCGUCUUUUGGAGAUUUUUUGACUGGGUCGACAAGAGCUCAUUCGAAGUAGCCGCGGAUGCCUUUACCACAUUCAGGGAACUUCUGACAAAACACAAGGAGCUGGUGCCGAGAUACCUCUCUGUCAACUUUGACCUAUUCUUCGACAAGUACAACAACAUCCUUGUGCAGUCAAACAGCUAUGUUACCAAGCGGCAGUCCAUCAAGCUUUUGGGUGAAAUCUUGCUGGACCGUUCAAAUUACAGCGUCAUGACAGCGUACGUGGACCGUGGAGAGCAUCUCAAGAUAUGCAUGAACCUCUUGAGAGACGAUCGCAAGAUGGUGCAGUAUGAGGGCUUUCAUGUCUUCAAGGUUUUUGUGGCCAACCCCCACAAAUCCAUCGCGGUCCAGAAGAUCUUACUCAUGAACCGGGAGAAACUGCUUACAUUCCUGUCUCACUUCUUGGAGGAUAGAACCGAUGACGAGCAAUUCAUCGACGAAAGAGAGUUUUUGAUCAAACAAAUCAGGAAUAUGCCACCGAACCCAGUGCCGCCUCAGAGGCAUGGCAUGCCAGGUGGCGGUUAG